ACUUGAAUUUCCCAUCUUCAAUUAUCUCCCUUUUUUUUCUGUUCUCUCUCUUGGAAACCCUAGAAAUUCAUUCUCGUAAUAACAGAAAACAAGAAAAGAAACCUAAAUUUUCUCAAAGAACCCUCUUCCCUAGAAAAUCCUUAUCGAUUUUAACAGAGAAGAAAGUUUUAAAAAGCUACAAUUCCAGGUUAAGGAAAUUACUAUUUCCUCUGGGGGAAUAUGGGGAGGGUUUUACGGGAAACGUUGAAGCCGUCGACCUCCUCCGUCAGCGCCACCACGACUUCGACGUCGGUGACGGAGACGGUGAAUGGGUCACAUCAGUUCAAGAUCACGGGGUACUCGCUGUCGAAAGGUUCUGGGAUUGGCAAAUACAUAGCUUCAGACACAUUCAUGGUGGGUGGAUAUUUGUGGGCGAUCUAUUUUUAUCCCGAUGGGAAAAGCCCCGAAGACAAUGCCGCCUACAUUUCGUUGUUCAUUGCCUUAGCAAGCGAGGGGACCGACGUUAGGGCGCUCUUUGAGCUCACACUUUUGGAUCAAAGCGGCAAAGAGAGGCAUAAGGUUCAUAGCCAUUUUGGGAGGACGCUUGAGAGUGGGCCCUAUACGCUUAAGUAUCGCGGCAGCAUGUGGGGAUAUAAACGAUUUUUCAAAAGAAUGCUACUGGAACAAUCAGACUACCUCAAGGAUGAUUGUCUAUCUGUUCACUGUAGUGUUGGCGUUGUUAUGUCACAUACUGAGGGUCCUAAGAUUUUCUCCAUAGCUGUUCCGCCUUCAAACAUUGGUCAUCAUUUUGGACAGCUACUAGAAAGUGGAAAGCAAACUGAUGUUAGCUUUGAAGUUGAUGGGGAAUUCUUUCCAGCCCACAAGUUGGUACUUGCUGCUCGUUCACCCGUGUUUAGGGCACAGCUUUUUGGUCCAAUGAAGGAUCAUAAUACAAAGCAAAUAGAAGUUGAAGAUAUGGAAGCUCCUGUUUUUAAGGCCCUACUUCAUUUUAUAUACUGGGAUUCUCUUCCCGACAUGGAGGAGCUCACUGGUCUCACCUCAAAGUGGGCCUUUACUUUGAUGUCUCAACAUCUGCUCGCAGCUGCUGAUAGGUAUGGACUAGACAGGCUGCGACUAAUGUGUGAGGCUAACCUUUGUGAGGUUGUUGCCAUUAACACUGUGGCAACUACUUUGGCCUUGGCGGAACAACACCAUUGUUUCCGACUGAAAGCUGUGUGUCUCAAGUUUGUUGCAAUGCCCGAAAAUCUAAGGGCUGUAAUGCAAACUGAUGGUUUUGAGUACUUGAAGCAAAGUUGCCCUUCUGUCCUAACUGAGCUAUUGGAGUAUGUGGCUAGAGUGAAUGAACACCCAGUGAUCGUAUGCAGACAUGGGAAUGAAGCCAUCCUUGACGGAAGUGAUGCCAAUGGUAGGCGGGUGAAGCAGCGGCUAUAAUAGCUGCAGCUUUUGCAGUUGAAAAGGAAAAGCAAAUGAUUUUUUUUUCUUUCUUAAAGGAAAAUAUAAAUUUCUGUAGGAUUAGGAAAUAGUUCCAGUAGUAAAAGGUUUUGGUGUUUUUUCAGUAAGAGAUGUAAAUGCAGUUGUUCAUUUGGUGUCCAUCUGUUUGCUUUGUAUUGGGAAUGAGAAGUUGUCCAAAAUUGAAGCUCCCCCAUUUCUUA